AUGGAGCCCCCGACCGGCACCGAGAGCGCCCGCCUGGUCAGCCCCCGGGGCGGCCGCGCCGACGGCAGCCUGCGUCUCAAGAGUCUGUUCACAGGCUCCCAGGACCACCCGGCACUGCCGCCUCCCCCGGCUUCGGCUCUCCAUUGCCGCUGCAGCCCCCCGGCCCCCAGCCCCGGGCGGGGCAGGCUCCCCAGCCGGCAGCUGAGAGUCGCCUGCGCCGUCUGCUGCCUCUUCAUGGUCGGGGAGGUGAUAGGCGGGUACCUGGCACACAGCCUGGCCAUCAUGACGGACGCGGCACACCUGCUGACGGACGUGGGCAGCAUGUCCGUCAGCCUCUUCUCCCUCUGGGUCUCCACCCGCCCACCCACCAAGACCAUGACCUUCGGCUGGCACCGCUCAGAGACGCUGGGUGCUCUGGCCUCUGUCCUCUCCAUCUGGGUUGUGACUGCAGCCCUCGUCUACCUGGCGGCCGCCCGCAUCAUCAGCAAUGACUACGAGAUCGAGGCGCGAGCCAUGCUGGCCACAUCUGCCUGCGCUGUCGGCGUCAACCUGGUCAUGGCCUACAUCCUGCACCAGUCCCCCUCCGGCCAUGGCCACGGCGCAGUGGGCUAUGAGCAGCUGGAGAGCUCUGGGGUGUGCCAGCCUGGCCAUGCCCCCCUGCCUGGCAGCACCAGCGUGCGGGCAGCCUUCGUCCAUGUGGUGGGUGACCUGCUGCAGAGCGUCGGUGUCCUCGUGGCUGCCACCAUCAUCUACUUCAAGCCCCAGUGCAAGAUCGCAGACCCCAUCAGCACUCUCUUCUUCUCGGUCUUUGUCCUUGGUUCCACCUUCACCAUCCUCAGGGAUGUCUUCAGGGUCCUCAUGGAAGGGACACCACGGGGCGCCGAGUUUGAUGCGGUGAAGGAGGUGCUGCUGGGGGCCAGCGGGGUGCGGGGUGCCCACGACCUGCGCCUGUGGGCGCUGACGCCGAGCCACCCUGCUGUGUCAGUGCACGUGGCUGUGGAGGCCGGCGCCGACCCUGAGAUGGUCCUCUGGGAUGUCACUGCCCGGCUCCAGAGCAGGUUUGGCUUCGCAUCGUGCACGGUGCAAGUGGAGCGGCACCGGGAGGAGACAGCAGCCUGUCCCCACUGCCAGGACCCCCAUGCCUGAGACCCCUGUCUGCUGCUGCACUGGGCCUGGCCCUGGCCCCCCCUGUCCUGGAGCAGCUCGGGGUGCUGUCCUCCCUG